CCCUUCUCAUAAUUUCUCUCCCACGUCUCUCUCCCACUCUUCCUCCUUUCCCUCUACCUCUUCCCUCUCUCACACGAUUUUGGCAAGGUGAAGCGAAGAAGACGGUGGUCGAUGGGGAAGAUAGUAGACGCGGAGGAGAAACAAAGAACACGGCCCUUGCCAGGCGAUUGCAGUCGACAACGGAGGAGAAACGAAGAAUAAGACGUUUGCGGAGGCAACUGCAGUCGACGACGGAGGAGAAUUGAAGAAGUUGAUGAUUGUAGAGGUGCUCGCUCGAGAGAAGGAGAAGCCGAAGAAGCCCAGAUUGCAGAGACGGAGGUCGUAGAGGGAGAUCUGGAUCGCAGAGGUCGUGCUCGCUCGCCCUAUUUUCUCUUCUUUUAUUGGAUAUGGAAAACUUAAGAAACUGUUUAAGUUUGAGGUUUAAAGACAUGAUCCAAUAAUCAAUGUUUCUUUUAAUUGUUAACAACCAAUUAUCUCUAAUUAAUUUUAAUUGAACAUUAAACGUUCUGAACUAAAUCUAUUAACGGCGUUAAAUAUUUUGAUUCAUUGAAAGGUAAAGUGAGCUUAUUGAUUUUGUGUUGUAUAGUAACAAUUUCAUCAACCAAACCGAACCAAUUUAAAACUCCCACUCGAGGGUGAAGUGUCACAUCUAGGGGCGGCCAACAAUCCGAUUCACACUAGACAGAGUUGGAUCUAAUCGAUAUUUGGACCGAAUCGGAUUGGAUUGAGUAUAUUUCGAUUCGAUUUUGGUCCUAUAAAUUUUUUAAGUAUGAAAAAAUGGAGCGAAAGUGAAUUUGGACGAAAAAUAUCACGUAUAGCGUACACGUUGCUAUUGUACGAAAGAUUAAUUUGGCCCAGCAAGGGAAAUGAAUGAUCAACUUUUAGCUUACUUAUUUAUACUAUAUUGAACAUAUCAUAAUAGAUUUUUUUUUUUGUGUAAAUCGUAGCGCUAAGGCCGCCCCCGCCUUGUAUUAAAUAAACGAGGGGUUUGAACCCCAAUGAGAUCAAAAUACAGCCAAUAGUUCAAGAUCAGAUCAGGCGUAUCAAAAGUAUUAGUUCCCAAGGAUAGACCAUGGCCUAAGGAUGCUAGCUAGUCAGCAACAAUGUUCCCCUUAUUGAAAAUAUGACAAACUUCGACCUCCCAUUCCCAGCCAGUAGCUUUCGGGUUUCGGAAAUCAGCAAUGAGUGAGCGUGAUGAUCCCCCUCCGACAUGAUGAGUGUCAGUGUCAUCUGUAAAUCUGUUUCGAACACUAAUUUUUGUGUGCCAAUCUCCCAUGCAGUUUGGAGACCAUGGACUAUCCCCGCAAGUUCUGCCCUCGUAAUCGAUCCUUCCCCGAGGUUUGUUGCGAAAGCUCAGAUAAUGCGUCCGUCAAUCUCUUCUAAUAACUCCUCCCGCGGCUGCGUUCCCCACCGCAUAAGAUCCAUCCGUGUUCAAACACGUCUAGCCCUAUGGUGGAGGAGUUUCUCGCGAAACCAAAUAUCCACCGUCGGUGUCAAAAUCGUUUCGGGCGAUGUUGAUUUGAUUGUUUCGCUGUGGAAACUUUUGCAAAACCGUCAAAUAUCCACCGCCGGGAGGUGUUGAUUUGAUCGAUGCACCAGUGACUUCUUAACUAAGACGACCGUCAAAUAUCCACCGCCGAGUGAUGUUGAUUUGAUCGAUGCACCUCAUACUUCUAACCAAGAACGACCGUUACUCGGUUCACACCUCUCCAAACAAUGUUCGAAUGAGAGUGUUUGAGUUUUUGGGGAAUGUAUGUUAAAACUACUCCUAUGGAGAUUCCUGUGGAGAGCUCCGCGACUAUGCUACGACUAUGACUAUUGAGAUCCUUCCUGGAAGGAAAGCUUCGCGAAGGUGUUACACAGAAAAAGAUAAAUUUAAACAUAUCUGUUUAUGUGUUGAUUUCUGGCUAUUCUUUCUCUCUCCUUGCUCCGCUGCUUUUAUUCGAAAAACAUCUUUGUAGUCUUUACGCUUCGUGAAACCGCUUCCUCAACUGCUCCGUUGUAAACUCGCACGUGUCUCAACUGCCUUGAUCUCCUCUUUGCUCUGGUUGGCGUGAAUCUCCAGCAAAGAAACCACUUUCGUUGCAACGUUGUAAAUUUCAACGACACUACACCUCCAAUCUUCACUUCUAUCUAUGUGAGACACACAUGCACACUAAAGUACCUGAGCCUAGGAUCAGUAUUGCGGUUUGAAUUGCAAGUUGUUGUUUCAUGGCUGCAAUAUUGUCAUGAUUUGAGCCACAAAAUUAUUAACAUAAUUGAAACCACGUUGUUGCAAGACCCGCGACGAUGUUGCUAAUUAAACAAAGUCAUUGUUUUGACUCAACGACAUUGUCGGACUCGCAACAUUGCCUAUCUAACCUCGCGACAUCGCUAAGAUCGGUGUUGUUACACAUCGCGAUAUCGUUGAGCUCGCAUCACUGUCAAAUUCACAAGUUGAAUUCACGACAUCGUUUAGCUCCACAAUGUUGUCUCUCCCCACGACGUCGUUGAGAUCUCCACCUUGCAACGCCGUUGAACUCGCGACACUGCUCACCACAUCAGUAUUGUUUAUCGCGCGGCGUCUUUAACCUCGCGACGCCACAAAAAAUUUUUUUUUUAACCGAAAAUAUUUUAGGUGUAAACAGAAGGGCUCCAGGCUACUAGGUGCUUACGGUACUCUCCGCUUGUGUUGAACAUCUGGCAUGUUAUCACACCCGCUUCCAUUAUCUAUUGCUCAAGGGCAACCACUCUGCGACAAAUGGACUCCAGUUGUUCCAAUUUUUUCUCAAAAACAUGCAUAUUCCAGUUCUUCCAAAGUGUCCAACACAUAACUAAUUAUCACAAUAAAUUCUAUCUUAGCCUAACUAAUUAUUUCAAAAACAUUUUGAGAGAUUUCUUAAUUAACACAAUUAUUUUAUUCGUAUAAUUAUAUUAUGAUUUUACUUUUUUGUCUAUUCACGAUUGUAUAUAGAUAAUUUUCAGCUCCAUCGCAAAAUCCUGGCUACACCUCUUCAUAGUCACAUCCACCCACGUCAACACAAGGUUGGGAAAGCAAUCACCAUGCCCCUAGUCCUCUCCCCUACCCACUUGAACCGUCACAACUUUUUGCAUUUAUAAUUAUAUAACCUGGUCAAAGUAGGUAAAGCCCGCUUUGAUGGAUUGUGGGAUGGGUUCGGGUUGAAACCCAUUGCAUUGUUCAACGGGUUAGGGUUGGCGUGGGGUUUAGGUAUAUUUGACUCAUGGAUUCCCACCACACACUCAUACUCCAACAACCUUGUCGAUUAACGGUAUUGUUCGUGGAUGUUUAUUUUAAAUAUUGAACAAUUUGUGGAUUCGCUUAUUUAUAGUAGAUUAGUAUUAUUUGUAUGGAUAAUUUGUUUAGGAAGAUUGGUGUUAAAGUUUUAUUUUGACUAGCGAUUAUUUUUGCAGAUACAUCCGCUGAAUUAAGUUUGAAUUUGACAAAACUCAGCCCAAUCCGAUUUAUUGCCAUUCCUACAGUUAACCAUCCCACUGACCGACCCUACCCAGAUGCCAAAAUCCACCGAAGAGCUAGCUAGUUGCCGUGAAAAACCAGUUUUGAAUAAUAUGCUUUCUUGGGUCCUUAAAUAGGCCCAGGCCCUGCCCACUUCCACCCAACACCAACAAAGAGCCCAAAAAAUGGGGUCGAACAAUCGCAUCGUCCUCAACUCCAACAACCUCUACCUCCUCCCAAGGAGCGACAAAACCGUCGGCGUGGUGGACCCGGGUCGGGAUCUCAACACCCACAAUGUCCCGCGCAACAUGGACCAGUGGCGGCAGCUGGGCCUGGUCGGCAACAACGCCAGAUCUACUCAUCGGGAGCUCGAAAUCUUCGGCGUCGUCAUCUCCGGGAAGAAGUUGGAAGACCUCUCCACCGACCUCAUCAACCACCAGUGCGUCACAAACCGCGAGGGGUUCAUGAUCAUGUACUUCAACGUCGGCGCCGACAACAUGUACCUGAUUAACCAGUCCAGCGUCAUCCGUCGCCUCAACGACCUCUUCGACUGGUCCAAGUAUGGCGUCCUCGUGCCGGCGACGAUCCAGACCGUGUGGGACCGGUUCCAGCUGGACACUGCGAGGGCGAUGGUGGACAGCAGGGCGGUCGGGGAGAAGGUGGGGGAGCUGAGGAAGCUGGUGGAGGAGAAGGAGGAGGCCAAGGAGCAGAGUUGCAGCGCUUUGGCGGUGGAGCUGCUGCGAAAGCUAAGGGAUGAUGAGGUGGCGGCCAAAGAUAGGCAGGUGAAUGCUCUUAGGGCAGCUAUGGAGGCAUUGAUCGAUGAAGUUUAAUCAAAUUUAUUGCCGUCGCGGCGCCAACUUUAUAUCUAUAUCUAUCUAUCUACAACAUAUAUAAUACGUUUUCAAGCUUCAAAAAACUUCGAUUUCAAAAUUCCAGCCCUGGGAGCGUUUCCCGGAAGGGCAUUAAAGGAACUUCCCCAAAUUAAAAUCCUACACACCGUUUUUGCAUCUACCAAUUAAUUUUUUUUAAUUUUUUUUUGUUCAGUUCCUUGGUGCCUCUGCCUCCCCUUCCCUCGCUCGAAUGAAUACCUAAAGAGUAA